CCUACUCCGCAGCACACUGAGCGCGAAAACGUGUUUUCGUGACGUCACACUCUCGCGAGAUGCUGUCGGGAUUAGGUGUAAGGCGGGAGCCUAGGAGGAGGGAUUGGAUGGUGUUGCGUGAGGUUUAAGCGCGAAUCUGCGACCGCGGCUUUUAUUAUGAUCAUCUAGAUUUCCCGCUAAAAGCAGAACUGUUGGGAAAUAUGGAACAGCAACGAUUUAAAAAUGUAUACAGGCCCAGAUAUUUGUAUGGUGAUAGGUUACAGGAACCACAAAAAACAAGACCCGGCCAAAACAUCUUGUCUGCUAUAAAGAAUUGUUUUGAAGAUGCCAACAGUCAGGUAUAUUUUAAAAAGCCAGGACAGAUAAUGGGCAUGAACAGUCUUUUAUCACUUGAAAGUGGAAAUACCAUGAUAGAUUCUGAAAGUGGAGAAGAGGAGAACACUGAGCAAAUCCCUCUUGGGGAUGAAGGGGUAGUUCUUCUUGGAAAAGAACAUAUUAAAGCAGCAACUAAACCAGGAGUAGUUCGGAACCUUGUAAAAUCUUUGGACCAGACUUACAUUCUUGAGCAAUCUGCUGUACAAAAUCCUGCUAGCCCAACGAUAACUCUUCCUACCAAAAAGAGGUUAAGUUUCAGAAACUUGACAGAACCAGAUGCAAAUAACAUUAAAGGAAUGAGAAUGUUUGAAAAAGAUCCUAUGUGUACAACAGAAGAAAAGCAAUCAGAAAUACAGCAUAAUUUUAUGGCUGCUGAGAAAAAAAACCAUGCUUCUCCUCACAAGAAGAGGAAAACAUUGACUGGAUUUAAUGAAAAACGCAGGCCAUCAAAUGUUGUUUCUUAUACACAGAAUCCAUUGUCUCUGCAACAGGAUGAAAUUGAGAAUGAUGAGGACGAAUUUUUGAUAGCUGAAGUAGACAGCAUUGUAGUGGAUUCCUGGAUUUCAAACCCCAAAAAAUCAAAAUCUGAUUUACCAGGUUCAAUGUCAGCUCGUUCAAGGAAAUCACAGCUGGUGCUUGAAGAAGCCAAAUCUAUUCAAAGAAACAUAUGUGACAGAGACCAUGUUUUAAGCAAAGAACUUUCCUCAGAAAAUGUUUCUUAUGGACAUAAUGCAAAUAUGUCACCAAAUAAGAGAGGUAGUGCCAUUAAAAGAAAUCUUAGCCAGCGAUUCAGUGAAAAUGAUUUUGAUUGUUCUGAUGAAGUGCAACAUUUACAGCAAACCUUGUCAAACAGUCAAGUUGUCUCACAGCUAGCAAGUCAAGGAAUAUUCAUGAAUACAGCCACCCGUGUAGAUGUUCAGUCACCUAAUGAAAAAAUAACACGUCUCAGAAAAAAUGCAGAUCUACCUGGGGCCAAAGAAGAAGUGAAGUUACCAAAAACCAAAGUAAUGUCUACAUCUAAAUCAGGGCAUAUCAAGGAGAUAGACAUAGGAGGCUCAUUCCAGAAACAAAAGAAACAAUCUGAUCUACAAAGUGUGGAGUUGACACAUUCUUUAAAAGAUGCUGCUGACUUUGAGAGGAGUGAUGUGGAAGAAGGAAAAAAACAUGCAAAUGUUACUAACUUUGAUUACCACAAGGAAGAUAAAGCGGAAACAUGUCUACCUAAGAAAGCCCUUUGUAAAUCAAAUCACGCUGUUGUUUCUGUUGGUAAGAGGAGCAUUGCAAAGAAAACUGUGCAGUCUUCUGCCUUUGAACAGACUGUUGACAAGCCAGAAAUGCUGGAGAAAACAUGGGAAACUGAGGGUGUUGUGCCACUAGUAAACUCCCAGAAAUCAGAAAAGCGAAAUCACCUUUUUGAAAUAAGAAAUCCGAGAAGUCCUGUUUGUUCCAUGUUUUUGCAAGCAGCAACACAAGGCCAUGCUUCAAGGUAUUCAAUUGUUCCAGAAGCACCAGGUUUUGAUACUCCUCAUCAAGGUGAAGAGGAUGAAAAUGAUUUUGUUUUCGACGAUGCUGCUUUAUUAGAUUGUGAUCCACUGAUUUCUAUUCCCAGAAAGGGAAAACCUGUGCCUUUAAAGAAAACUCUUUUGCCUGAAAGUGAUACAGAUGCUCUGCAACAUGUAAUGGAGCAAGAUAAAAAUGUCAGCGCCAUUGAACAAAAUAAACAGGUCACUCCUAAAAAAAAGUCUACUAAGGAGAAUCCUACAUUAUCUAGAAGACUUACUUUGAAUGCAGAGAAGCUGUUAGGUGAAGUGGAUAAUGGUGUUAUUACACAUAGGUACAAAGGUAGAAAUGUGAAAUCUGCUUCUGUACAUGGUCUUGAUGAGUUAGAAGAGAAUGUUGAUAAUUGUGCCCUGUCAGAUGAGCAUGAUUUACAAAAAACAUCUUCAAAAAAGCAAGCUCUGUCCAAAACAAAUAAAGGCAAACCUGUUAAAAAAGCUCAAAAGAAAAAACAAACUCAAAAGACAAAAAGUAAGCCCUCACUAUUAAACCGGAAUAAAAAUGAUGGCCAAGGAGCAGUAAAUUCUGAUACUGGAUCUUCAGAGGAGGUCUGCACAUCUGCUGAAAUUCAGAAACCCUCCACAUCUGCGCAGAUUUCAAUAAAUUCUAAAGUUGCAUCUCCUACAAAAAGGGAUAUUUUUUCUUCUGAAGAAAAUGAAAAUCCAAAUGUGACUAAUACAAGAAGAGCUUCAUCUUCUUAUAAAAGAGUAAAAACAAAGGACAUUAAAAACCUUCAGUUUCCUGAGAUUGUUUCACCACAAGACCUGAAACAGACAUCUGUUCCCAAUCAAAGACUGCAAGCAGUAAAUGCAGCAGAAAAAGUCAUUAAUACCCCAUGUGACCAAAUGGAAUCUGGUCGCAGACAAAGGAUCUCCCGACCACCCUCACAGUGGUGGAUUGUUUCUCCCUCACAAAAGGUUGCAGAGCUGCCUCCAAAAACUCUUGAAAAUAAAAAAAAUAAAUUAAAGAACAAGAAGGGUACAAAGAAAGGAAAAAUCCCAGAUGCCAAUGAAGGGAAAGGAUUUACUGUAACAACCCCAAGCAAAGUGCAGACUCCAUUAAAGAAAGGUAAUAAAAGGCAACUGAAAGGCAUUCUGCCUGCUGAUGAUGACUGUGCUGUGAUACCAGUGACAAAAUCUGCUAUCAUCCCAAAUGUUUGUGACAAUACGGAAGUCCAAGAUUCGGAGAUGUAUGAGGAUCUUCAAAAAAUGCCUAAAUCUAUAGUUAAGAAAAACAAUCGGAGGUCAAAAAAACUGAUUUCAUCUGAAGAAGAAUGUGCUGAUUUCAGUGAAGAUGAUGAACAUUUAGAUAAUGUUUGCCAGGUUCCCCAAGCCCAAGAAUCUCAAGUGUUAACACUCUACAAAUUGAUGGCAGACAGUCAGAAGCACAAUUUUAGAGGUUCAGUUGCGACUUAUCUAGAUUCAUGUGAUGAAAGUCCUGACUUUGUUGAUCAAGCAUCUGAAAGAUCUUCUGAAAGUGAUAGCGAUUGUAUAACUAAUGGCAUAAAAGCGGGCAAAACUCUUAUGUCUACAAGUAAAGAUGCCCAGUUAGAAGAGAUUAAACUUACUCCUCGCUUACAAAGCACUAACAGUGAAGGAAUUGACAAACCUAACCCCAGGUCUCAUCAAAAAUACAGGGAAGACCUGUAUACAUCUACAGUGGGAAGUGGCCCUGCUCUCCCACGCACUGUCUGUUUAACUUCUGCUAAUGAAAGACCAAUUACAUAUGAGCCAUAUACAUCUUCAUCAGGAUCUGAAAUUGAAUAUGGGACGCAGUUGCAUCAAGAGAAAAUUAUUCAACCUUCCAAAACACCAAAUGUUCGUCGUUCCAAAAGAACAAGAGUCAAGCCUUUGGCAUACUGGAAAGGAGAACGUGUAAAUUACAAGAUCAGACCAUCAGGAGGCUUUUUGGUUGAAGGGGUUGUACCUCCAGCAGAGGUGGAACCACCAAGGAAAGCUUUGGCAAAAAGACGAGUGUACAGAAAACAAAAAGGGGAUAUACCUACAUGUGUAGAACCUCCAAAAGAUGAUUACCUAGAGCCUGCCAAUGUUAUUGAUGUGGCUACAGGAACAAUAACAAGUAUUGAAUGUGUCUGUACCAGUGAAGACUGCUUUUACCAUUGGCCAGAUAAACCAGUAUCCAUUUGCAAGAGUAUUAGCACCUCAGAUUUUUCAACAGGAAAAGUAAAAAUUGGCCCUCUCCAAGAGAAGGGUUUGCAAUAUGUAUGUUUGCAUACAAUUGUAUUCUACAUAAUGACGGGUUCUGUGCAGUUAACACUUCAUUUGACUACUUACAAUCUGAAAACAGGGGACUUUUUUUACAUACCACCUGGCAAUAUGUACAAGAUAACGAAUCUGCUAAACGAAGAUGCACUUCUUAUUUUUACUCAAAUUAAAGGUUGAUAGUAGCAUAACCUGAACAACAAUGUGGUUGGAAUGGGAAGAAAAGAAAACUAUAUACAGACUAUAUAUAUAUUUUUAUAUAUAUUUAUAAUUCUAUAUAUAUAUAUAUAUAUAUAUAUAUAUAUAUGUAAAAAUUGUAUAUAGUGUUUUGUACAGUUCUGUUUGUUCACAUUUGCUCUAUGUAUAAACAAUGUAUAUAAAAGAACAAGUCAAGUGAUAUUCAAUGUGUAAGUUCCCCCACAGUGAUUAUAAUCGCUAACCUUGGACCCCUGGCUGGUGCUCCUUUCCGCAGAAAAAUGCUCUCUGCAGCUCUACUAUUCCUUGAGCAUGGUGCUACCAUAAUUUCCCAAUGCACCCUGAGAUUCUCAGCACUGCUCCAGAUUCACACAUUUUGCAGUAAAAUAAAAAUUGCAAUUUUAAAUUUGAAUUUCAGUUUUAACGCCACUAUUCAUGCAUGCUCUCCAGGACAACAGAGAGAAUUGCAGAGGUGUCUGCAAAUAUGCCAUUGUUGUACUCAAGGAAUAGUAGUACCCUGGGCUGCUGCACUUUUCAGUGGCCAGAAGCUUCAAUCUUGGAUCUAAGGGUAGAGAUUAUUCACUGCAGGGGAUGCCAGUCACAUGACAUGCAAAAGAGAAGAAAGUUUUACAUUGAAAAUGUGUGAUUUUUCUUGAGAACAGCACUGAAACAGUAAUAUUGUAAACAAUAAUUAAGAUCAGAAGUCUUUCAGUAAGAAAAAUCAACAGUUGUAUCUUUCUCUCAUGUUUAUAUAAAAAAAUUUAAAAUGUUUGAAAUUGUUUAACUGUUAGUUUUGUAUUUAUAGUGUAUGUUUAUAUAAAUGUUUUUUGCAUCUAAUAAGUUUUGGGAAUAAACUGAAUCCAGGUUUCACAACUUUUCACAGGCUUCAGAGUAAUCCAAAUUCUGUGUGUUUAGCAGAGUAGAAUCUGAACCCUUAACGAUAUUUUGCUCAAAUUUGAAUACAGAAUCUAUCAAGUUAGGUAUCUGGUAUGGAGCUGGUCUUCUGCCAAAUCCAAAACUUGUGGAUCAGUUGUACCCCCGGCUAUGUCAGAAAAUGUUAAUACUAACUGUUUUAUUGUCAAAACCUUGACUCAUAUACAUAAUAUACUUUGUUUCCUUAAUUUUUUUGCUGAAAUGUUCUAGCUGUUACGAAUUGCAUCUUAGAUAAAUCUGCUUGGCAAGUGAGUAAGUUUUCUCAACAGCCCUUCACUUGGUAUAAAUACGCAAAAAAAUUAAAGGAAAGAUGUUUGUAUUUGUCCCA